GAGAAAGGGAAUAUUGUUCUAACCCUCGAAGGGGCACAGGCUCUUGAGGGCACAAUCAGGAAGCCAACCUCUCCUCAGCAUCACUAUUUUUCUUACCUUUUGGCUGCCUGUGUUAAUAAGCUUGCAGGAGGCCCCAGCUCCUGGUUGCCAUAACAACUACAAGGAGCCAGCCGUUAGCGCCAUUACGCAGGAUGCUCAAGCCCAGCUGAGAUGCAGUGAGGAGUGCAGACAGUGAAAGGAAGACAACCAGGAUUUCACUGCUUUAGCUGUAAGCAUCCAAAACAGCCAGAUGUAGAUGCUGGCACAAAGAGGAAAAAAAGGAGAAAGGAGCAGCAGAAGAAAGGGUGGGAAAAGCUCAUGAUUCAGGGGCUUCCGAAGCUUGCCUGGUGUGGAGCCUGAGCUGGAGGAUGGGCAGGACAUCAGUUUGACUAUGUGCAACAGCAGCAGUACCUUCACAUCAAGGAUGGACUGACCCUGAAGGGGGACGGAUUUAGCACAUAAGAAGCAAAGGUUUGAAGUCCCACUAGGAAGAAAAUGGAAAGCUUAGGAGAUGAUAAUUGAACUCAUCAGAGCUGAUGUGAUCACCAAUCAAGACAAUAUAAAGGCAGAGAUUCUUACCCUGGGAUUAAUGUAGGUAUCGGGACAACACAACUGCCUCCUCCCCUUAUGCAGGGGUUACCAAGAGUGUGGAAGCAUGGAGGAAAGUCGGAAUGAGAAGACAAAUGAAGCUCAUAUUCUCUUUGACCGAUUUGUCCAGGCCAGCACCUGUAAAGGAACCCUGAAAGCUUUCCAAGAGCUUUGUGACUAUUUGGAGCUAAAGCCCAAGGACUAUCGUUCCUUCUACCACAAGCUCAAGUCCAAGCUUAACUACUGGAAAGCCAAAGCCCUUUGGGCAAAACUGGAUAAACGGGGUAGCCACAAAGACUACAGAAAGGGAAAAGUGUGCACUAACACCAAGUGUCUCAUCAUUGGAGCUGGGCCUUGUGGCCUUCGCACAGCCAUUGACUUGUCCUUACUGGGAGCCAAGGUGGUGGUCAUUGAGAAGCGGGAUGCCUUCUCCCGCAACAACGUCCUGCAUCUCUGGCCAUUUACCAUACAUGACCUGAGGGGUCUGGGUGCCAAGAAGUUCUAUGGCAAGUUCUGCGCUGGGGCCAUUGACCAUAUCAGCAUCCGACAGCUCCAGCUAAUCCUUUUGAAGGUUGCCUUGAUUCUUGGCAUUGAAAUCCAUGUCAAUGUGGAAUUCCAGGGGCUCGUAUAUCCCCCUGAGGACCAAGAAAAUGAACGAAUAGGUUGGCGGGCACAGGUACACCCCAAAACACACCCUGUAUCAGAGUAUGAAUUUGAAGUGAUCAUUGGAGGGGAUGGCAGGAGAAAUACCUUAGAAGGGUUUCGUCGGAAAGAAUUUCGAGGCAAGUUGGCCAUUGCCAUCACAGCAAAUUUCAUUAACCGCCAUACCACAGCAGAAGCCAAAGUAGAAGAAAUCAGUGGUGUGGCCUUCAUAUUCAAUCAGAAGUUCUUUCAGGAACUUCGGGAAGCUACAGGUAUUGACUUGGAGAACAUUGUCUACUACAAAGAUGACACACACUACUUUGUUAUGACAGCCAAAAAGCAGAGUUUAUUAGAUAAAGGAGUGAUAUUACAUGACUAUGCUGACACAGAACUCUUGUUAUCUCGGGAAAAUGUAGACCAGGAGGCUCUGCUGAGCUACGCCAGGGAAGCUGCUGACUUCUCUACCAAUCAGCAACUGCCAUCAUUGGACUUUGCCAUCAAUCACUAUGGGCAACCAGAUGUGGCCAUGUUUGACUUUACCUGCAUGUAUGCAUCAGAGAAUGCAGCCCUGGUUCGGGAACAGAAUGGCCAUCAGUUAUUGGUGGCCCUGGUUGGGGAUAGCCUACUUGAGCCUUUUUGGCCAAUGGGAACUGGAAUAGCCCGAGGCUUUCUAGCUGCUAUGGACUCAGCCUGGAUGGUCCGAAGCUGGUCUCUAGGAAUUAGUCCCCUGGAGGUUCUAGCAGAAAGGGAAAGCAUUUAUAGGUUGCUGCCUCAGACCACUCCAGAGAAUGUGAGUAAAAACUUCAGCCGUUACAGCAUCGAUCCUGUUACCAGGUAUCCCAAUAUCAAUGUCAACUUCCUGCGGCCAAACCAGGUGCUUCAUUUAUAUGACACAGGAGAAUUGAAAGAUGUUCACUUGGAAAUGGAGAACCUGGUGAAUUCCCAAGUCACACCAAAGCUCACCCGAAAUGAGUCUGUAGCUCGUUCCAGCAAGUUGCUGGGCUGGUGCCAAAGGCAGACAGAUGGCUAUGCUGGAGUGAAUGUGACAGAUCUUACCAUGUCCUGGAAAAGUGGCCUGGCUCUUUGUGCAAUUAUCCACAGAUACCGCCCUGAUCUCAUAGAUUUUGAUUCUUUAGAUGAGCAUAACACAGAGAAGAACAAUCAACUGGCAUUUGAUAUUGCUGAAAAGGAAUUGGGGAUUUCUCCCAUCAUGACAGGCAAGGAAAUGGCUUCAGUUGGGGAACCAGACAAGCUAUCAAUGGUGAUGUACCUGACGCAGUUCUAUGAGAUGUUCAAGGACUCCAUUCCCUCCAAUGUUAACUUGGAUGCUGAAGAGAAAGCAGUCCUGAUUGCUAAUACCAAAUCCCCCAUCUCCUUCCUUAGCAAACUUGGGCAGAGCAUCUCUCGGAAGCGCACUCCCAAGGAUAAGAAAGAGAAGGACUUGGAUGGUGUGGGGAAGAGGAGGAAGACCAGUCAAUCAGAGGAGGAGGAACCACCUCGAAGUUACAGGGAAGAAAGGCCCACUUUGGUAAGCGCCUUGACUGAGAGGAGGAUUGAUGUUGCUAUUGGCAACCAGAAUAAAGUGAAGUCCAUGGCUACCCAAUUACUGGCAAAAUUUGAGGAGAAUGCACCACUACAAUCCACUUCUGGCAUAAGGAGACAGCCAACCCAAGAGCGUUGUAUCAGCCAGCCAUCCCGCAGACAGCCAGAGCAGGGUCGCCCUGCUCGGAUACCUCAAUGGAAACAGCGACGGCGAAAGGAGUGUUCUCGGACAUGCCCGAAAAAAGUGAUUACACUUUCUUCUCCUUCCAUCCCACCUUCUCGAUUAUAUUGCAAUCAACAGAUGUACAGGGAUCUUGAUGCUGACAACCGUGGCAAGCAGAGUCCCCACUCUGAAAGGCAAGAAACUGAACCUUCUCGUCGAUUUUUUGUUGAGCAAUGGGAGCUUUCCCUUAGCCUCCGUUCCUCCAAUCGUCCUGCCUCACCUUCCUCUGACUCCCUCCGACAGAAGUAUAUAAAGAUGUACACGGGUGGAGUGAGCUCAUUGGCUGAGCAAAUAGCCAAUCAGCUUCAAAGGAAAGAACAGCCCAAAACCCUUCUAGACAAGAAGGAACUGGGCUCGUUGAAGAAGGAAUUCCCCCAGAAUAUAGGAGGUAGUGAUAUUUGCUAUUUCUGCCACAAACGAGUCUAUGUGAUGGAGAGGCUGAGUGCUGAAGGGAAAUUCUUCCAUCGAAGCUGCUUUAAGUGCGAAUAUUGUGCUACUACCCUGCGCUUGUCCUGCUAUGCCUAUGACAUUGAAGAUGGUAAAUUCUACUGUAAACCUCACUAUUGUUAUCGACUUUCUGGAUAUGCACAGAGGAAGAGACCAGCUGUGGCUUCUCUAUCUGGCAAGGAGACUAAAGGACCCCUGCAGGACAGUGCUACGGCAGACAGAACUGGACGGUCCAACUCUACCACCAGCUCCGUGGAGAGGACUCCAGGUUCAAGUGUGAAUGGCUUAGAGGAGCCCAGCCUUGCCAAGAGAUUGAAAGGUACCCCAGAAAGGAUUGAGCUGGAGAAUUAUAGGCUGUCCAUGAAACAGGCAGAAGAACUUGAAGAGGUUCCUGAGGAAACUCUAGCAGAACACAAUCUGAGCAGCGUGUUGGACAAAGGGACCGAAGAGGACGUGGCAAGCAGCAGUUCAGAAUCUGAGAUGGAGGAAGAAGAUGAGGAAGAAGAAGAAGAAGAAUCCCAUCUUCCCCCUUCAGACCUGGGAGGUGUGCCUUGGAAGGAAGCUGUUCGUAUCCAUGCUCUUCUCAAAGGGAAGAGUGAGGAGGAGUUGGAAGCCUCAAAACAUCAUGAACCUGCAAAUGAAGGAGAGGAAGAAGAGGAGGAGGAGGAGGAAGAGGAAGAAGAAGAAUCUAGUGAAGAGGGAGAGUAUUGUCCCUGGAACAGAGAGCUCCAGCAAAGCCAAUGGCUCCAACAUAAUUCAAAUGAAGAGGAUACGGGUACAUUUAAAGCUGGGAAUCUGAAGCUACAGCAGAUUGUAAAUCUAGUCGAUCCCCUGGAGAUCCAGGCAGAUGUACACUGGACACACAUACGUGAAAAAGAGGAGGAGGAUAAAAUGGUGUCUACCUCCAAGUCCUCCAGCUCCAGAGUGCCUGACCUUCCUUCCCUACGCCACGCAGCAGUGCAGGCCUGGCUGGAGACGGUCUCUGGAGCCCCAUAUGAUGAAAAUGAUCUGGAGGAAGAUGUGGAUACUGAGCCUGCAGAGAUGGAAGGAGAGGCUGCAGAGGAUGGGGACACUGGAGACACUGGUGCUGAGUUGGAGGAUGAUCAGCGGUGGUCUGAUGACAUCCCAUCCGAUGCUGAAGCUGAGUUGGGUUUACAAUGCCAGGAAGCAAUAAAAAGAGAGCUGAAGCUUGAUGUGUCUGAGAAGGAAGAGGAGCUGCCAGUCUCUCUACCAGACCAACAAGAAGAAGGUCCUUCUCCACACUCCAGCCCUAGCAAAUCUCCUCUAGAAACUACUGGUCUUCUCUCCACAGUUAGCAGAGCCAAAGCAGAGGAUGCUCAAGUUCCCUUCUCAUCAGUUUUCAUCAAAGAGAAAUCUCCGGAGGAGCGUUUUUUCCCAGAUAUAUUCCUCAUCAAUGAAAAGCCAGAAGUUGAAGCCCCCAGUGAUCGGAAGGUUUUGGAUACUUCUGCAUCACUGUCUCCCAUCCGCUCCCAGCCAGCAGCACUGCCAGAAGCCAUCAUCCCCACUUCCCCAGUUAUGUCCCGACCUGUGUCCCCUUCGGCGGCUUCUACUUCACCUUCCACACAGCUUCCCAUCUGCUCUCAGCCCCAGCCUUCCUCUGAAACAUCCAUUCCUUCCCCCACAGAGUCUCCCAUAAUUUUCCAACCCAGUCCAAUCAUAACAUCCACUCCUCUGGUCUCCCUCACCCGUAAAAACCAAGACAAUUCAAUGGAAAAGCCGCGCAGCCCCAUUGCUGCAGAGGAAUCCAUAAAACGGAGCGAUCUCGUGGAGGAGUUUUGGUUAAAGAGUGCAGAAAUACGCAGGAGCCUUGGGCUCACGCCGGUGGAUAGGAAAAAGGGAACUGAACCGAGCUUCGCUUUCCCCAGCCUUGAGCCUGUGUCCCUGAAAUCAUACUCAACCAAGAAGGUGUCUCAAGAUGAAGAAAUCCAUCUCUUAAAACCCCAACCUUCUCCUCGAAGGCCAGGCGUACCAAAGCUCGACAGCGAUCAGCCAUCGCUGCUCACUCCUAAAUCUCCGUCGGAGAAGGAACUGAAGAGCUUGCUCCCUGAGGAGAGGAAAGACUUGUCCAGCAGUUCUGGCCUGGGUCUUCACGGGAGCUCCUCCAACAUGAGGACCUUGGCCAGUCAGAGCUUUAACACCUCUGACUCCACCAUGCUCACACCUCCUUCCAGCCCUCCUCCUCCUCCCCCACCCGAUGAGAAGCCAGCGACCCUUCGAAGAAAGAAGCAGGCUUCCUGGCAGAAUGAAGUCGAGCCCAAGCCCUCCCCUACCACCACCCCCGGAGCCCUUGUUCGUCCCCCCCAGGAGCCCGCCCCGCCUUCCAGGGAAGAAGUGCGGAAGUCAUUCGUGGAAAGCGUCGACGAGAUCCCAUUUGCCGACGACGUGGAGGACACAUAUGACGAGAAGACAGAAGACACGAGCUUCCAGGAGAAGUUCUUCACCCCCCCCAGCUGCUGGCCCUCCUCAGAAAAACCUGUCUCCCUACCCGUGGCCAAAGAAAACGGCAGGUUGCCCGCUCUGGAAAGUGAGUCCCAGCAGCAGAAAAGGGGGCUGCCAGCGGUGUCUGCGGAAGCCAAGGAGCUGGCCAAAGAGCGGAUGAGAGCCAGGGAGAAAUCUGUGAAGAGUCAGGCGCUGCGAGACGCCAUGGCCAAGCAGUUAAAAAGGAUGAAGGAGAUGGAGAUGACAGCUGCUACUAUGGCCGGAGCCUCCAGGGUCUCAAGCAAAGCGGCUUCCUUGCCUUCCAAGACGAGAGAGCCCCUGGUCUCAGAACCCCUCAAGUCCUCAGCUCUCAGGAGGUCCGAGGUGCCCACCCUGAAGCACGAGGCGACCAGCGAGGAGUUCCUUUCCCCACCGUCCGAUUCGGGAGGUCCUGACGGCUCCGUCACCUCCUCUGAAGGUUCUAGUGGGAAAAGCAAGAAAAGGUCUUCCCUCUUCUCCCCUCGGAAGAGCAAGAAGGAUAAAAAGACCAAGAACGAGGGCCGGCCGCUAGAAAAGCCCAGUGGUCAUGUCCUGGAGGAGUCAGCCGCCAAGCCCAAGUCUUUGUGGAAAUCAGUAUUCUCAGGGUACAAGAAGGACAAGAAGAAGAAGACGGACGAUAAAUCCUGUCCCAGCACUCCAUCCAGCGGUGCCACGGUGGACUCUGGGAAGCAUAAGAUGUCUCCUAUGGUCAGAACAGAGCUGCAACUACGUCGACACCUGAGUUUCUCAGAAGAUUCUGAUCUCUCCAGUGAUGAUGUCCUGGAGAGGUCCUCCCAAAAGUCUAAGCGAGAGUCGAUUUAUGUACCACACGUCUUGGCAUUCAGGAGAUCAUAUUCAUCAAAGCAGAGAACUUACACUGAGGAGGAGCUCAAUGCCAAACUGACCAGGCGGGUGCAGAAGGCUGCUCGGAGGCAGGCAAAGCAAGAAGAACUCAAGCGACUGCAUAGAGCCCAGAUUAUCCAACGACAGCUGGAGCAGGUGGAAGAGAAGCAGAGGCAACUAGAGGAGAGAGGAGUUGCUGUGGAAAAGGCUCUCCGUGGUGAAGCAGACUAUUGGGGAGAGUCUUAUUACAGUGACAUCAUCGACUUGCAUCUGGGUGUUGAGCCCAGUGGCGGGACACCACGUCGUAGACCUCCCUCCUUCUGCCCUUGCUGUGUCCAUGAAGGCAUGGGGAAGAAGGAUGAUCCGAAGCUGAUGCAAGAGUGGUUCAAGCUGGUGCAAGAGAAAAAUGCUUUGGUGCGCUAUGAGUCGGAGCUUAUGAUAUUUGCCCGUGAACUAGAACUCGAAGAUCGGCAGAGUCGGUUACAACAAGAACUCCGGGAACGGAUGGCUGUGGAAGACCACUUAAAGACAGAUGAAGAGUUAUUGGAAGAAAAGAGAAUUCUGAAUGAGAUGUUAGAGGUGGUGGAACAGAGGGACUCUCUGGUCGCCUUGCUGGAGGAGCAGAGGCUUCGAGAGAAAGAAGAAGACAAGGAUCUGGAGGCCGUCAUGCUGUCCAAAGGCUUCAACAUGAACUGGUCCUGAGUCUCUGCGGCUCUCACCAGUCGCUCUUUCACAGCCAUUGGGCCUGGGCUGGGCUCUCCAGAAACCCCUCGCUUGAGAAGGUCUGGCAUGUUCUGAGAGCGUACUUUCAAGUAUCCAUGUGCCUCUUCAGCAGUGGAAUUGAGCCUCGUGGGCUUUGGGGAAAACUCCGAGCAAAGUUGCUUAGCCGAGGGAGUCCGGCCACCUUGGAGGACCUGGCUCAGGGGCCCACCUGAGACAUAUGCACGGGGAGAAGGAAGAGCACAGAGUGACUGACACUUAUUAUGGAAAACCCUUUCUCCUCCCAAGUGGACUACAAUUGAUCCUUUUUUUCCAUUUCCUCUACUAAUCUCUUCAGUGAGAGAAGGAAGCAAAAAGACUCCCUUUGACAGCACUGCUACUAUGGAGUUAACUUCCUAUUGUGGAGGGAUCUAAGCAGCCAAAGGGAGUGGAAAUUUUACCUAUUCUUCCUCUAUCUCCAUGAAAGAAACCCACCCACCCCUAACUUGAGAAUCCCCAAGAGAGUAAAACUAUGGCUGAGGGCUAGCCAUCCACCUUGGAGGUCAGGACUGGUGACUGAGAACUCUCUGGGAGAUCUCCAGAGUUAUCUGUGGAAGAGAAGAGGGUACAUAAGGGAACAACCCUACACAACUUAGAGAAAGUUCAUUUAGAGUGUGUAGCCCAAGCACUUCCUUGUGGCGAGGACCCCGGGCUUGGGGAGUGCUACCUUUCACCUUUGUUUUGAAUUGCAACUAUUUUGACACUGGAAAAUACUGACUUUGAGGGAUGGUGGGGGUCACGGCCCCAGGUUUCAGACCCCAUUUGAGGGCUGCCUCAGGACAGAAAGUUAUUGACACUGUUCAGUACUUUAAGUUGGGAAAGGAGAAUAUGUUUUCCUUAAUUUUUUUUCCUGUGUUUGCACAAUGAAAAUGAAGCAAAAGACCUGAUGGGACCCUCGGUCACUUUGAACCCUUUUUUUUUUUUUUUUGUCAAUUAACUUAUUUUUUUAAUACUUGAAAAGAAGCAAGUUUGCUUUUUAUAUCUUUACAAGAAACACAAAUCAUCCAGUGCUCGAAUGAGGGACUGCCCGACAUCUGUCUUAUAUCAUUCGUCAUCCAAUUGGCAUCUGACUGAAAUCUUGGUUCCGUGCGUCUAUUUAUUUGUGUCCUUCAUGAUAUUUCUAGACUGUAAUUCUGGUUAACUGCAGGGAAUAGAACACAACCCUGUUGUGACCUAGUUUUUUUUUUUUUUUUCUUAUUUUAUCUGAUGGCUUGCUCUGUACCCUCCUGUCUGUCCUAAUCUAGGCCCCCUGCCUCCUGACUUGGAGAGCAGCACGUCUCCAGGACCCAGUUUUCCCUUUUCCUCCGUGCUUCAGAUUUGCAAUAGUCACGUGUCAGAGAAUAUAUUUCCAUUAAUAUUCAAGACAAAGCCAAAAUUAUGACACCAGUGUUUUGUCUCCUGUUCCCCACCUUAUUCUUGGUUUCGAUUCCUGGCUCUGAAAAAGCUGCUCUUCUCCUAUCUGACAUCAAGGGUUUCUCCUACCAAAAAUACACUGAUAAAAGAAGGUAAAGGAGUUACCCUUCUUUAUUGACUAGUCUGAUUGACAUUGAUGCUUCUUAAUCCAGUGGGCAGGAGCCUCACUAAGGAGAGCUCCUCCAGACCAAGCCCAUCACAAAGAAAUGCACGGGGUACAGCAGGACUUUACUGGUAGGUUUGGGCAGACUUUCCAGGCAAACAGAUGAACUAUAUUUGCUCUCCCUCUUCUCCAGAGUGAUGGGAGGAAGAGAGCCUUAGAAUCCUAGAGUUGACUAGCAGCAUGCAAUCAGCAGCUUGAACCAAGCUCACUUCAGUUUACUGGAGUUCAACCAAAAGUAGCUUCUCAGAGUUCCCACUUCCACUAGCUUAGACUGACCCAGGAGUCUAAUUGUUGUGUGGUGAACUCGGGGAAGUCUUUGCCAGACCAGGGGAUCUCCAUCCGAGUCUUGAUUAGGCUGAGUGAAGCCCUGGCACCUAUCAGAAGCAACCUAUGGAUAAGGCAAGAGUCAGAUCUGACCUUGAAAUUUCUGUGGGGAAUCAUCUUGUGCCUCAACCAUAACAUCCUCCUUGGACCUCAGUUUCCUCAGGGGGAUUGACUACAUGGCCUCCAAGGUCCCUUCCAGCUCUAAAGCUAUGAGCCUUUUAACAAUAAAGGAGCAAAGAUUUUGUCCCUUAAUUCUUUCUGCCUAAAAUCUUCCAUCUUUUCCUAUGGAAAUCCCCCAUUGACAAGCUGCUAGAUCCUAUCCCAUAUCUCCCUAUUUAUCCCUGUCUCCCAUAUUUCUAGUACAGCAUUCGCCAUUUUUGCUCCCUUUUCUCAAAAGAAAAGACGUUCAGUAUUCUGCUUUUGAGUCCCCAUCUUCCAAGAAAUGGGGACCUACCCCCGUAGUGUAUUGAACACUACUCUAUAACUAUGUGGCCUUCUCACCGUCACCACUCCAGUGGGCAGGAGUUAAGGAUCAAUUCAGGAUUAAAUCCUAAAUUACAGUGGUGAUGAUGACAUGCUUUGAGUAGCCUAACGUAGCAGCUAUUUCCUAUCUUGCUUUUAUCUCUUUCCUACUCCUGCUGCUGCCAAGAAUGUGAAUAUUCACACUCCUGCAGCCUAUUAAAUCACAAGUCUGCUGCAGUCUCCGUUAGGGGAAAAUGGUGUGCUAAACAUACUAUGCAUAUAAAAGGGGCUUAAUAAAUGCUUAUUGAAUUAAAUUUGGACAAAAAGCAUAUUUAAAAAAGAAAACUUCAAACCUGCAAAAUAUUCCCCUAAUCAUCAGUAUUAUAGCUUCAGUGUGAUCAGUGGCAGGAAACAUAUCAGUUACUUGCAAAAAUUCUGUUUUAUAUUUCCAGCCUUUGGUUGGAGUCUUAGUUACUCCUUAAAAAGGAGCCUGAACUCCAUUGAGUACAGCCUGAUAUUUUUUCAGACUCUAGGAAUGGAUUCUUUUUUUUAAAACAACCAUUUUUGUUAACCACUGUUUUGCGGAUUUUCUUAGUACACCGGCAACACAAGUAGCAUGAAAAGUUUCCCAGCUCUGGCUUUCCAGUUUUCCAGCGAGGCUUUCAUUCUCAGAUCUUAGCUCUUGGAAAUCAGGAUCCCUGGUUCUACAGAAAUCCCAGAAUUGCUUUUAGUGAACACAAGCACAAAAAACCCAAACCAUAACCGCCCACCUAACAGCUUGGGGGUAACAGGAUCCCCAUGUUUGAAGGGAAAGCUCUUUGGUUCUGAGUCUCACUGAUCAUUUAGCCGUAUGGCUGGGUAUCUCUCGGUCUGUGACCCUAUCCAUACCCAAACUGGUACCAUCCGUGAGUUUGGAAUCUAGCUUCGGUACUUUGCUCCCAGACUGAUUCUAACCAGCACCAAUGGAACAAUCAUCUACUCCCAUUAAGCAGAAGUAUUUUCAAAGAAGGUGAGGAGCAGGGAGAGUAGAAGAGGAAGACAUUGGACCUGCCUGACCAAGAAAACUGGUCCAUUUUAUGCACAAAAAAAGUUUUAGAAAGAAAUACAUGGUGUAUUUUUUAGGUAUUUUAGUAACUAUAGUUAACUAUUCUGCAUUUCCUUCACUGUAGUGAAACAGACAAGCUAAGCAAGCAGACACAAUUUCUGAAAAAAAGCCCAUAUUUACAUAUUUUACAUAUAUAAAUAUAUAUACAUAUGUUCAUGUAUAUAUGUGCAUACAUUGUUUAGUAAUAAGCAUAACCUUUAUUGGCAUUUGUUCCUUUGUCCAUCUGUGAAACUCCCUUCUCAUCUCUUCAAUUCCCAUACAAGGCAGUCUCUGAUAUAGUUCAUCCUGGCCAAAAAUGAACUCUCGUGAGUGGGACCAUACAACGUAGUUCAUUCAUAAACAGAUUCUCCAUUUAGUUAAAUAAUUCGUUUUGCCCUAGAUCCCAAUCCAAGGAGCAUCCAAGCUCCAAACAUUGGUUUGCCAUUUUUAGUACAACUAAGAAACUAAGCUGCUCCCCAUAGUUUCAACCCACAUUCAGCCAGUAGGAAUUGAUAGGCCCCUAGAAUGGGCCAAGUCCCUCCUUCCUUGGUUGGAAGUCAAUCCAACUAGAGAGAAUUCCAAAGAUGUCUUCAUUCCUUCCCACCAGAGGCUCUCUCUUCACCUUUUCCCAAUGAUUUUCCCGGCAUAAAAUCAGAUGUCACCUUCCCACGCUAUUCCUCUCUCUCCUGGUAAAUCAAGACCCUUCUCCACAUUCAGCUUGCUUCUCUGAAACAAUGUUGGUUCCACGAUCACCAGCAAAACUGCACCCAAAAGCCUGUUUAUUUUAGUUGGAGAAUGAGAUGUAGCUAUGUAUGUCGAUGGGAGACGAGCCUAGAAAAGGUGAUUUUGUUACCCUGCUUAGUUUUUUUUUUUUUUUCCAAGAUGAAACUAUCUCUUCUCUUCAUUUAAAAUAUGUAGCAUCUGAUUGUGGUGACUGAGAAUCAAUAGCCCCAGUGCUGUUGUAAAGGGAAUUAGAGGCAUUCUCUGUAAUAGCCGGAUAAGAAGGAGUGAAUACCAUCUAAUAGCAAGUAUCCAUGGGCCAAGGAAGAGGAAAAGCCAUCAUAGAGUAGUGCCAAAUGUUGGAUCUGACCUAUUUCCCCAUGCUCUGGCGGUCAGCAUUCCUGGUUAAAAUGCCCUAGUCUGAAAUAAUAGUGCAGGAAAUAACUGAGCAGGAACAGGAGUAGAGAGAAUCAUUUUUUUAUUUAGCUCUAUUUUACUAGCCUUAAUAUUCAUUGUUUUGGGGCAAAUGGAUUCCACUUAAGCCAUUCCAUCUCCUUUGUUAGGUUGUCCAAAACAAAGGGUGUAAAGCCUCUUCAGUGUUAUGGGCAGGUGGAGUAGGGCAAAGUGUUAGAAGAAAAACAGUGUCUCCUACUCAGACCUGGUCCUGUUCUUAACCACCAGCAGUGAAUGAGCCCUAGAAACCAUAUUUUGUUGGUUGCAGCAGGUAGCUAAAACCCCAGUAGAUUGCCCUUGUUAAAUCUGCGCUGGCUCCCUUGAUGAGAUAGCCCAGCUUCCUAAUCUUUACCUGGGAUGUUAAAGGGAAAGGUGAACUUCCAGUCUUCACAGCAGCAGCUGCUGCAGAGAACCAUUCUUAUCUCAUUUUUUUUCUCGGUUCCCAUCCCUUUCGAUUCUGAUUCCUAAGCUAGGAGCUGUUGUUCCCAAAUUUUGCAGGAUUUGGGAUCUGACAUCCUCUCCUGUUUAGACUUUCACAAGUCAACUAUAGAAAAUGUCCCAAUUAUUCAAGAAUAAAAUUCAGUAUCCCCAUGCAGCUUCCACACCUUGAUGGAUCAGAUUUUAGUAGUUGUUACACAGAUCUGCCAGAAUUUUGCCCUAUUUCCCCCCAAACAGUUAAGAUAUUGGCAAGGUCCUAGGAGGUAUUCCUUUUGUAAAUGAUUUUCACCUUUAAGAAUAAUUCUCCUUACAAUGUUAGCAAAAAUAUAAGUGUGUGUGUGAGAGAGAGAGCACAAUUCACAGCUUAUAUAAUAACUAAAAGAAAUAGUAAAUUGAAGACAUAGAGAAAUUCCUGAUUUCUGUUCCUGCUUCUGCACCAACUUAGUAUAUAUUGCUAGGUAAGUCAUCUCUUUCUCAAUGCUUCAGUCCCCCUGACUGUAAAGUGAUGAUACUUACCUCCCAGGAAUGUUGUGAGGGGUAAUAAUUUAUAAAGUGGUUUGGUAUCCUAAAGUGCACGGAGCUGUGUAGUUUUACUCGGGGUGUUUAAAUUGUUUAAAUUAAUAAUUCCUUCCUGUGGAGACUGGUCUGAAAUAAAGGGAACCCAACAGGACUCCGAAGACAGCCCUACAUAAGAGAAUAUAUUCCUGCUGCCAAGUAAUGCUGUCUGAACUGAGAUCAAUCAGAUUAUAUUUUUGGUUUAUUUUUAAGUGUCCACAUUUGACUCUUUUAUUACUUCUCUUCUUGCUUAUUAGAUGUUGGCUGCUAUAUAAGCAAUAAGGAACACAAUGUUAAGUGCCCUCUGCUCUUUUGUCUUCCAUUCAUCCUUAAAUAAAUCCUUAAAAUGUCCUACAGCCAGUCAGCACUCCCAUAUCCUACCUUGAAUGCUGCAAGCCGCCUGAUAUGUUAAACAUAGGUUCUGCCAGGGGUAUAAAGAGAAGUGUUGAGUGUAAUAAUUGUCCUCCAUGAUAUCAUGAAGAAUGUAUCCUACAGAGUAAGAUCUAAGAGGGACUCAGGACUACCAAGGAACAUGGGACUUUGUAGAGACCGGUACUUUAGUGCCUUGCUAAAUAGGAGAGCACCUAGAAAACCAGACUCUCUCCUGGAACUUGAGGAAAUUCACUGAUAUUUUCAGCAAAUGUCAGUCCUGUCCCAUGAGUCUGUCCUCCACAAAGAUACGGAAAAACUUUUAACUGCCUUCAUUCCAUUGUUCUAAAAGCCCUCUUGUCUGAAGAAGUGACUGUUCACACCCUUACACAUACUUUUAAAAAUAGCAUUACUCCUCCCCAGCUUCACUGGAACACAGGAAAAGAUUUCUGGAGCAAAGAAUGAAGGGGUUAGGUCAUUUCAAGAAAUUCCUCUUUAUGUUUUCAUAUUAUUUAUUCAAAGUUAGGGAAGGAUCUCAGAGUGGGUCUAGAUAUUUCAUAGACACAGAUGUCCUAAGUUCUUUGUGGUUCUGAUCCCCGUGUUGUGCAGUUAUUAGACCUGAGUGAAGUACUAGGUGCCUGAUUUCUACACUUGUGUACUAUGGAAAUAUCCCUCACCUUUUCCCUUCAUUAUCUUCACAGAGAUUGAUAUCAAGCAUUCUUCCCGCCCACACUGCAUGAUCUAGGUCACUAUUGGUUCAAGAAUUCCUUGUUUACAUCAAACGGAGGGAUGAGAAAGGCGGGAAACACUACCCAGCUAUCAUCUGACAUAGGUUAGGAGUGGGCCAAACCUUCCACAAGGUGAUGGACAGGAAGAGACCCAAUUCCUCCAUCAAAACUGACAAAAGGUUUGGUAUGGUAUGAGGCAGUGGUUCUCAAACUUUUGUUUUCAGUAUCUUUAUCCUAUUAAAAAUUAUUGAGGAUCUCUCCAAAGCGUUUUUGUUUAUCUGGAUUAUAUUUAUAGGCAUUUACCACAUUGGAAAUAAAAACUAUUUUUGAAUUUGUAAACCCUCUAAAAGGGUUUCAGAGAUCCUCAGGAUUCUCAUCUAGACCAUACUUUGAGAACCACUGUUAUGAGGAAUAACACAGGACCAUAAAGAAACACCUGAACGGGAAUUCACAGAGAAGUAGCUGUUGGAAAAGAAAGCUUUCGGAGAAUCGAGAUAGGAAAGAUGGAAAGAAUGCCAUAUUGUAAUGGCAUUGUGGUAAUUUAAAUAUUACACACACACAUUCACACCAAAUACACUCUAAAUGAAGGGAUCUGCCUCUUGCACCUUCUUCAAGGAUAGGAGAAUUCUGAUAUUCAGACUGUUAAAGGUUUUUAUAGCUUGUGUGUGGAGUAUAACAGUAAAAAGUAUCUUCUGUGUAGAAAUAAACAUUUUCUUCAGUUCAGUUUGGUUUUGGUGUACAUUUGCUCUCUAGAUGUUUAUGCCCUUCAAAUGGCCAACAGCUAAAAUAAAGUCUGUUGUUAUUUUUUU